AUGGACACCAGGGAUCCCUGCAAGCAAGUGGUCAAAUUUGACAUGGAAAGCGACAGCCAAGAUCAGCGUACACAGCCUACAGAAGUCAAUAUUGUUGAAUUUGAUGUUGAAAACGGACACAAGGAUUUGGAUUUGAAUAAAAAGUAUGACGAUGAUGAAUCUUCUUCCAUGUCUUCCAAUGCCCUGAACACGAACAUUUGGAAUCGUGCCGCAAUCAUCAGUGCUGGAAUUGCUAUCUUUGGGAUUCUAGCGGGGACUCUCUUUCUCAGCUAUGGGAUUGCCGCCUCCAAUACAUCCCAAGAGCGAAGUUUCCGACUGGUCGCUGAUGAAACAGCGAACGAGUUUGAGCUUGCCGCGGAGGACUAUGUGACGGCUGCCAAGUGGCUUCACCAGGCAUGUGCCUAUCACCCUAUUAAUCGGACUGAUUUCCGAGACAUCUAUGAGCACGCUUCAUUUGAUUUGACGUUUCAGACUGCCGCGUGGGUCCCAAGAGUUUACAACGAUGAGCGAGCCGCCCUCGAGGAUUCAUCUCUCGAAUACUACGGAGAGAACUACCCAGAUGUAAACUAUCGAGGGAUUGUUGGCUAUGAGCCUGAUGAAAAUUCAAUCUCUGGCACUUCGGUUCAAAAUAGAACCGAACAACCAUUUUACUACCCAGUUCACUUCAUUGAACCCGUGGAAACAAAUACAGAAGUCAUAGACCUAGAUCUAUACUCUAUCGUUCGGGUGGCUGUAGACCAGGCACUGGAGACCUUUUUGCCUUCCGCUACUGCCCCAUUCGUAUCAAGCCGAGAUCCAAUUACAGAGAUUACAGAGAAUAGCAUUCUUCUGCUCCAUCCUGGAAUACCCCUCUCAAGUCACCCAGACAGAAAACCAGAAGAUUUGGCAGCGUUGCGAAUUCAGGUCAAAGACUGGCUACAACACGCCUCGCGGAACAUUCCAGAGUCCAUUGCGGUGUAUAUUUACGAUAUAACCUCUUCGGAAACGGAACCAAUUUUUGUCAUUGCUGCAGAGGUACACAAGAACGGAACUGGAGAUUUGGACACUAAUAUUAUUCUCUUGAAAGAAUUGACCUUGGAAGAACUAGAUGCUGAUAAUCUUCUAUAUCAGGAUUCCAUCAUUCGAACUGGGUCUAGAGAAUGGAAAGUGCGCGCAGUAGCCUUGGAUGGGACUUUUGAACCAGUUAUCCUUACCGUACUUGUUGCAUCAAUUUUCAUCUUGGUGGCUUCCGUUUUCAUGGCGUUAUGGGUGUUUGCUGGUAUGCGACGAAAUUUAAACAUGAACAGAUUAAAGCGCGACAAUGACGCAGAAAAGGCUGCACUUGUCCUCAAAAGCGCGAGAGAGGCUACCAAAAUGGAGCAGGAAUUAAACGACUACAUUGCACAUGAAGUCCGAAAUCCUCUUUCGGCGGCGCUGUCAGCGCUCACCUUUGUCAAGAGCGAAAUUGGGGAAAAAACAAGUGUGAAAACAAAAGAAAUCACUGAUGAUAUCCAAAUCGUCGAUUCCAGUUUGCGGUUCAUCAAUGAUUUGUUGAGAAGCAUGCUUGACUUCCACAGAGCAAAGUCAAAGAACAUGAAACUCCAAAUCGAGCCUUUUGAUCUGGAACAAGACCUGCUGCUUCCAGUCAGGGCCAUGAUCUAUACUCGUGACUCGGAUGUCAAAAUAGAAACCAACUGUCCUCCAGGCGUGGUGCUAAAGACUGAUCCGAUACGAAUGAAGCAAGUGGUGUUGAAUUUAUGUCGGAAUGCAGUCAAGUUCGUUCAUAAGGGAUACGUUCGAAUAGGCGCCACUGUGGAAAACGGGUUAGUUGUAAUCACGGUAGAAGACUCUGGACCAGGAAUUCCAGUUGACAAGCGCCAGCAUUUAUUUUCCAAAUUUCAAGAAAGUCUCGAUGCUCUGAACCAGGGCACCGGAAUUGGACUAUGCUUGUGCAGGAACAUGGUGGAUCUCUUGGGGGGUGAUAUCUACCUCGAUGAGAGCUUUGAAAGCGGAAUCGAGGGUUGUCCUGGAGCUCGUUUUGUGAUCAACACAAAACUAGCCCCCAUGACACGUGAAGAAAUCGAGCAAUACGUCAACAGUAAGGAUGAUCAGGUCAGCACAAGCCUGAAGUUCAUCCUCGACGACGAAUUGAUGGCUAGCCAAGACAUUGACAAGGACCAAGAGCUCCCAGAAGAGCUGUCAGUUCUGUUUGUGGAUGACGAUCUUGUCUUGCGAAAGUUGUUCUCAAGAUCUGUACGCAAGGUGUCAAAAACUUGGAAUAUCAAAGAUGCAUCGAGUGGGGAAGCAGCGCUAGAAUUGGUAGCUGAACAGAAUUUUGAUCUCAUCUUUGUUGACCAGUACAUGGCGAGCGUCGAAAAGCAGUUGUUGGGAACGGAAACGGCACGAGCGCUUCGAGCAAAAGGAAUAAAGUCCAUCAUCUGUGGGUUGUCAGCAAACGACGUAGAAGCGGGCUUUUUCAGUGCUGGUGCUGAUUUCUUCAUGUUCAAGCCUUUUCCAUGCCGACCAGAGGAGCUGAAGCAAGAGCUAUUACGCAUAUUGUAUACCCGGCGCAAAGAAUCGCUAGCCGAAAUGAGUACGACUUCACAGCUGGAGUGCUGA